AUGGUGGGCAGCAUGUUUUGUUUAAAACAGGGUAUUGUUGACAAUGCAGAUUAUGCUUACAGGUCAGAUCAUAGCGCUCUAGGGAAUGUGUUCAGCCUCUUUAAUGCUCUUGGCAAUUUGGCUUUUGCCUAUGCUGGGCACAACGUGGUGCUGGAAAUCCAAGCAGCAAUCCCAUCUACACCUGAGAAACCAUCCAAGGGUCCUAUGUGGAGAGGAGUUGUUGUCGCCUAUAUAGUUGUGGCUGCGUGCUACUUCCCAGUUGCUAUCUUUGGUUAUUGGGUUUUUGGAAAUCUGAAUGUUGGUGAGAAUAUCAUCAAAUUAAAUGAACCAGCGUGGCUUAUUGCCAUGGCCAACUUGUUUGUUGUUAUCCAUUUAAUUGGAAGCUAUCAGAUUUAUGCAAUGGCGGUGUUUGACAUGAUUGAAACCUUGUUGGUAAGGAAACUGAAAUUCAGACCUAAAAUUCUUCGUUUUGUCGUCCGCAAUAUUUAUGUGGGGCACACAAUGUUUACUGCUAUCACCUUCCCAUUUUUCAAUAAUCUCCUGGGAUAUUUCGGAGGAUUUGCUUUUGCCCCAACAACAUGCUUUCUGCCUUGCAUGAUAUGGCCCACAAUCCGCAACCCAAGGAGAUUUAGUUUCUCUUGGUGGGCUAACUACUGGAUUUGCAUUUUGCUUGGAGUGACCUUAAUGAUCGUCGCACCUGUUGGACGAUUGAGGGCAAUCAUAAUUGAAGCCAAGACCUAUCACUUCUACUCUCAAGUUAACAUUCACUCUCUGAUUGAAAAGUGAUGUGUGGCAUACGCAAAUCAAUAGAAACAAAUGAAGCUGAUGGUCCUGAAGUGGAGCCAGAGACUUGUUUGUUAGGGUUCACCUGCAAAUCUUCACGACAGAUGUAUAUUAUAUUUGUAGCUUUCUAUUAUCGUGAGAACAUGUUGCCUGCGUUUCUUCUGGGAAAACUAUUGUCUGUGUUUCUUCUGGGAAAACUAGAAUUUCUAUUCCUUUAAUUUAUCGCUCCAA